UACGUUAAUUUUUAAUUAAAAAAUUCGGAAAGCAAUACUUCACAACAGCAUUCAAACUUUAAGUCAUGUGACCAUCCAAUACCUUCAAAACUAUUUUGAUAUAAUUUCAUUCAUUCGACUUUUCCAUCUACUCUCGUUUGUCAUAUGAUUGCUGAAAAAUGCUGCGAAAUUUGUUAAUAUUUUCAUUGUGUGUAGUGGCAGCUUGCGCCUCUGGAGAAUUUUCCGUAUUGAGCAGUCCGAAGUCUUUGUCAUUUAAAGGUAAUGACAUUCUACAGAGCGCAUAUGUCAACGAGGUGUUUUCAGCAUCAGUGGGAUAUCCUAUAACUGGUGUUUCGAAAUGGUCAGGUCUAAUCAUAAAGGAUCCAUUCACUUUGGCAAAAGGCGUUAUAACCGUAUUAGUAGAAGGUGUUGACAGCAUACCAGUAAGUUCUGAAGCAAAAACUUAUGGAUUACAAGGUGACGAAAGUGGUGAAUCACUGAACCUACUUGCUACUGAUCUAGAAGCAAAUAAUGUACCAAUCUGUUAUAUCGAUUUCAAUCGCUUUGAUGACGCUGUGGGUGCAUACAAUUCUUGCUUUGGAGAAAACACUGAUACCUCAACAGUAAAAGAUACGAAGUACCUCAAUCCAGCUUUGCACACUGCAGACAAGCAAUUUUUACAGACAAUUGGCCUUAUUAAUUCCGCUGCGGAACAUUUAUCUUCUAUGCAAAAACCAAGUAAUUUCGUACUUAUACGUUUGCCUUUAGAUUCAAUUGCCAAAGCUCAUGGUGUAAAAUCUGAAGCUAUGGCUGAAGCUACCAAAUUAAUUUCUUCUACUAUUUCAAAUCUAAAUACCGCCGCACAAAAAUCAAGCAACAACGAAGCUUUGGUAGUAGCAAUUGCAAGCAAAAAUACCGUUGUCCGCGCUAAACGUGAAGCAGUCACUAAUACUGACAACAAAUAUAAUCUGGCAGAAUACUACAACCAGGACUACCCAGUCAUCUUCAAUAUCAUCCUGUGGUUUAUGGUUACAUUUGGAUUUGCAUUACUCGCAAUCUGCUAUGCUAUUGGUUCAAUGGAUCCCGGCAGGGAUUCUAUAAUUUACCGUAUGACAUCAACUAGAAUUAAGAAGGACAACUAAAGUCCCUUACUUAUUAGUGAAAACAAAUGUUCUGUCAUAUUUUUUUUUGUUUUCACUCCCUAUCAAUGUACAUGUGUUUAAAUAUUUGGAUGUUCAGUAAAUAACUUAUUACUUACUAUGAAUAAUUGUAAUUAUAAUCUUCCCAACUCUAGUUCAAAAUUAUCCAGAAACACAGUUAAAUGUAAUUAAAUUAUGUAAGAUACGAAUAAGUAUUAGUUUAAUAUGUUACAAUCUUAUUCAAGUUUCAUGCAAUUCCAUUUAUUUCUUAACAAAAUAUUUUUUUUGUUAUAUUUAUUGUUAUAUUAAUUUUGAUUUAUCGUAAUGUACGCAUAUUAAACGCAAGUGGUUCAAUACUAGUUAAAACUAUAUAAUUUGUUAAUAAAAGCAGUGUUAUUAUUUACGAUAAAAA